AAGGCGCCCGACGAGGCCGAGCUGCGCGCGCGGUUCGGCCAGCUGUGGGACGCCGCCGCGCUGAUGGGGAGCGCCAAGGAAAUCAAGGACGCGGGCAUCGGGAGAGUGCACGAGGAGAUUCGCGAGGGCUGCUUCAAGAGGUAUGCGGCCGCUGCCGCCGCCGUCAUGGAGUGGCGCGCGGCGCGGAUGCAGGAGGCGGGCGGCCGCUUCCUCGCCAGGCACUUCGCCGGACCCCGCUCGCUCUUCUUCAACAUCGGGGACGUGCUGGCCACGCCGUCGCACCGCCUCUACGCCGGCCAGGCGUGCGUGGUGCGGUUCCGCCUGCACGGCGGCGCCAGCUUCUGGCACCCGCAGCACCAGGUGCUCAAGAACGAGCGGGAGCCGACCGCCUGGCCUCUGCAGCAGCAGGCGCUCGGGGACACCCCGUUCGUCGGGCUCGUGCCGCGCGGGCUGAAGUUCACGACGGCCGGCGGGGGCGGAUUCUACCUCGGCAAGCAGCCCUUCAGCAUGGUGGACCCCAACCUGCGGGCCGACCUGCCCCGCGACGAGGCCAGCGGCGCCCUGGCUCACUCUGGCUGCGUCGAGAUCACCAUGCCCUCGCUGCUGAGGACGGACCGCCGUGAGGGCGCCACGCAGGGCCUGUCGGGGGAGUUCGAGCUGCGGCUCUUCUGUGCCUCCAAGAGUCGCAUCGUCGGUUCCAUCGGGGAGCCCCUGCCCGUGUGCGUGGUCCACCAGAUCAGGCCGCCACCGCUGCAGUCGGCCCAAGCGCAGUGCGAGGGCACGACGGCGACCGUCCGGUGGAGCACGCUGGACCUGGGCCCGAGCGGCCCCAGGACGACCGUGGACGCGGUCCGGCUCAGCAGGACCGGCGGGGGCGCCCCGCUCGUGCUGCUGCUCGAGCCAGACGCGACCGAGCGGGAGUUCACGGACCU